UGUGAGAAAUGUAAUUAUUGUAGAGAACCUGGGAGCUGUUCUCCGAAGAACGGGUGAAAGCCCAUCAAGUCACGUUUACUUGUACCUGCUUCCAGCUGUUCAUCCUAUCCUUCUAUUAUUGGACAGACUAAUGCAAGUGCCCGCACUUUCCUAUAAAUCGGUCGAUCUUGAAUCGACGAUAGUCUUGAAUUCUGUGGAGCAUCAUAUCAACCAACAAGCCAAUUAUCAAUCUACAAGUGCAAGACAACCACUAGGCUGAAAACCCGUGUCCAUGGUACAGCUGCAAUAAUCUGCACGAAGGGCUUUAUCAGUACUGGUACUUCAUUUAGUAGAGAUUCCUUGCAAAAGGUUACCUGCGCCUAACUCUGAUUGUGGAAGGAGAUAAAUCAAAAUUCCUUGUUCAUAUGCAUACACAUCCGAAUUCUUCCAUUAGCACUUUUGUUUGAUGAUCAAUGCUACAAAAAUUUGGUUCGGUCAGAAUGGUUCGAAUUCAGCUGGUGGCUAUUCAUAAACUGCACCACCUUGCAUACAUGAGUUGUAGAUGGGUGAAACGUAUGGUGGGUGAGGUUCAAAUUACAUUUGACUCAACUGUUGGAUCGCCGAAUCACUGCAUUCAAAGUCUAGAUCGAACUGCAUAUCUCCAAAGAUCCGGGGGCUGACAUCAGCUGCUAUGCCGUAAAGGUUAAACUAUCAAGUGCCAAUCACUGCCCGCGUAUCUUACGGGAAUGGCUCAAUGCAUAUGCAGCACUAUAUGCCUGUCUAGAACCAACCUAUAGUAUCGGGAAUGGUAAAAAUAGGCACCCCGCAUCCGCAUGAUUCUAGCGUCUGCGUGAGGGAGCUUUGGCAUUAUCAUAUGUAUAUAAAGUCGGUAUCAUUGAAAGAUGUAAACUUGUGAUCCGAUUCUCAAUUCCUAAAUUCAACCCCUUAGAUCCAAAAUGCAUCCCCAAUACACUCCAUAUCUUUUCGCGGUCCCCUUUCUCGCCUCCUAUCCAUUGCCCGUCAAUGCAGUCCCAACAAACUUCAACCUAACCGCCAUCACCGCCUCAAACAACAUCUCUAUGUUCCAAUGCUGGCAACUUACCGAUCCCAUUAUCUCUGGUGAGCAGCCUGGUUACGGUAGCGAGAUGAUUUUACAGAAUUUAGGGGCGAUGGGAAAUGCCACUUAUGGAUAUCUGCCCGCCAAUUUCCCCGGCGCUGCCCAUGUAGCGCCUGCUCCACAAUACGUGGUUUUUCUCUCCGGAAAAAUGGUCAUCACCAUACCCGAAACAAACCAAACUGCAACUUUUGGGGCAGGCGCAAAUGGUAUUAUUGUGGCAGCGGAUACGCAAGAUAAGAGUGCGAAUGGACAUGUGACGGCGUCGUUGGAUGAACCGGUUGCGACGGUGCAGAUUCCGUUUUUGGGGGGUGUAGCGCCGGGGUAUAGAGUUCUACAUGAUGGGAUUUGUGGGGGGGAUGAGCUGGGGUUUAAGUGA